AUGCGUCUCUCGAUCCUAUCCUCGUUCAUGAUGGCCGGCUCCUGCCUGGCUCAAGGCGACCUCGCUGGGCUUCUCAAAUCCCAACCCGACCUCAGUACCCUCCUUGAACUAGUCGGUCUCGUCGACGGUCUCGCAGAAACACUCUCCACAGCAUCCAACAUCACCAUCAUUGCACCCACAAACGAGGCUUUUGCAAAAGUACCACGUGACACUCCGGAAGGCCAGGCGGUCGAGCUCCGCAACGACACCAUUGCCAUAUCCGCACUUCUCGCCAAUCACGUCUUCAAAGGAGUAUACCCAUCCAGCGUGAUCACCGACAUUCCCACCUUCGGCCAAACGCUCCUCAACGGCUCCUAUGUCAGCGCCAUCCAGCCCUUCUCCAACUUCACCGGAGGCGCAUACAACGCGCUCGUCAAGAACGGUGACAAAGUCGCCAUCAUCUCCGGCGAGCAGACCGUCUCAACUGUCGUGCAAGCAGACAUCAAACUCGGCGAGGGCAUCACGAUCCACGUUGUCGACGAAGCUCUGUCCUUUGGCGCCCCACUCGAACUCUUUGCCGCGCGCGCUGGCUACAAGGCAUUCAACGCCGCUCUGCAAGCCGCCAACCUGGGCUUCUCGUUCGGCGAGACGGGCGCAGAUGUCAUUGGGCAGAACAUCUCCGACUUCACUAUCCUCGUGCCUACGGACGAGGCGUUCCUGUCCAUUGGCUCCGUGCUCGCGAGUGCGGAUGUGCCUACGCUACAGAGCGUGCUGAAGUACCAUUUCAUUCCGUCGAAUGUGAUUUUCAGCCCCGAUCUCGGAAAUGUUACGGUCCAGAGUUUGCAGGGCGAGGAGUUGACGUUUACGGUACUUCCGGAUGGUUCGUGCUUUGUGAACAAUGCGCAGAUUGUGUUUCCCAACACCAUCUUGUACAAUGGUGUUGCUCAUGUGAUUGAUGCUGUCCUGGCUCCUGGACCCUUCGACCGCUCCACUCUCAAGCCUUCCGCGCCAGCACCAGAGCGUCUCGCUUUCGAAGGCGCAUCUUCCGUCUCUGCUCUUCCGUUCACAGUUGUAUCGUUCGGAGAUGAUGAUAUGGGCUACACGACAACCCCCGAGUUGCUGAAGACUGUUGCUGCUAUUGCGGUCCCUACGGCGGGUGCAAACGUGACCGUCAGUGGAAGUGUUGCACCGUCAAGGACCGGUGCUCCCGUUGAGACCUUUACCGGAGCUGCUGAUGCUAUGCUCCCGAGUGCGGGUGGUGCGCUGGCUGCGGCUGUUGGCAUUGCUGCCUGGAUGCUCUAG